CAUGCUGGAUUAUAGCUCGUCCUAUCGUCCAAAGGCAAGAAUGUUUCUGAAGUCAAGACUAGGGCGUCGGGCCCCUCCCACUCUCCAGUUCAUUCUUGCCUUUCGUCCCUGCAAGAUCUUUAGCUAGUGACUAGAUAAGUUUUUUGUCUUUGUGUGAUAGAGGGUGGAGUUUUGUGUACGUUGUUUCGUCUCGUUCCUUCCCUUUGUCUCAUCCCUUACCACGGUUUGUGUGUUGUGUGUCAAUUUCCUUGUCAAUUUCUUGUUUUCCCGGGGGUGUGUUUUUUACUCCCAAACUACAGAGACCGCGGCUGCGGUCUCUUUCCCCAGCGGGGCCAGGAGCUGCGGCGGCAGCCUCCACCCCCCCUUUUUUGUUCUACCGAUCCUCCUUUUGUGCCCUGACGAUUAGGAGCCCGCGGCUGUGGCUUCUUUCGUACUUUAUUUUCUCCGGUCCUUUUGCCAUUUCCCCUUGUGCCUUGACGAUCGGGAGCCUGCGGCUGCGGCUCCCUUCAUCGUUCAUUUUUACGGGCGGCGCUUCCUUCGCCCGUCAGGAGCCGAUGUCUGCGGCUCUUUGCCUUCCCCUUUUUUAGCGACUUCUCUUGUUUGGGCUGCCUUGUCUCUCUCGAUCAUCUGCGGCGCUUGGUUCCUCGCGGAGUCAGUCCCUUCAGCCCGCGGCUGCGGCUUGCCUGUUGGCCGAUUCUCUUCGGCUUCGGGAAGUCCGCUAGCUGUCCUGCCUCCUUCACGAAGUCUUUUUCCAGGCUAAUUUUUUCAGCCGCGAUUACCUUCUUAGUCCUGCGGCUGUAUUUCUACCGUGGGCGGUUCCAUUUUUACAGUUAAAAUUUUUUCCCACCUUGCUCAUUUCUUCAUACAACGGUUGUUGCUGGGCAAAGUAUCCGUCAUUUUUGUUCGAAUUUUCCCGCUCUUUUUACGGGCGCCAUUUUAGUGGCCGUUUUUUCCCGUCCCUUUUGAGAACCCACUAGUAUUACAAAAGGGGAUUUUUUCCUUCACGGGUUGGGGUUUGCAGAGCCCAGGUUCUUGUCAGCUCCCUCUGUGUGAUCUGCUCCCUGUUUAUGUGCUGCAGAUAGGAUUUUUACCUCUACAUAAGUUCCUUUACCAACCCCAUCUCUGAGGCUGACCCUGGCAACCACUGGGUUACUGUGGCUUUCUACAAUCACUGCAACUACUGUGCACAUGUGACUUUUCAUCAAAUUUACUAAUACUGCCAUAACAGUGCACCAGGCCACCUGUUAGUGCGCAAGACUAUUGAAAAUAUACAAAGCUAUUUGGACUAUACUGUGCAAGUUGUGCAAUAUCACCUUUCCUCCAAGUGUACAUUCUGCCCCAUCGUGACAGUGUACCUACCAUCAGCCAGUGCAUUCUGCCCCAGUCGUGUGCCGUGUACUGUGCAUGUUCUAAGACUGUUCAUAGCGUACAUUCUGCCCCAUCGUGGCAGUGUACUUUGCCAUCUGCCAGUGCAUUCUGCCCCAGUCGUGUGCUGUGUACUGUGCCUGCCCGGGUCUGUGCAUUCUGCCCCAGUCGUGUGCCGUGUACAGCUACCCUUAUUAUCUAUAUGAUGGCAGAACAGCCAGAGACAACCCAGGCAACCAAGCCGAUACAACAGCCUGUGACAAACCAGAUGACCAAGCCUAAACCUCCUAAGGCGGUCAAACAUAAGCACUCUAAAGCGGUUGCCAAAACCAAACAUCUUAGCCACAGCACAAUCAAGCGGCCCCGCUAUGUCUCUGUUCCAGUGCCAGAGGACUCAAAUCAUGCACAGUUAACUACUCUCUUUCAUUCUCCUGCGGCUUCCUCUGAUGAGGAGGACUUUCCUGGAUUUCCUGUACAGCCAAUGUCCAGCCAACCCAGAGCUUGCUCUUCUUCACUACCUGUGGGGCCGUCUACAGUUCCGCCUAUCCAAGAGCAACCAUCUACAUCUCCGGGACUACAGCUUUCCCACGAGUUCAUUACACAACUUCAGGGCAUGCUGUCCUUUUUUACUCAGGGUCAAUCAUCUUCACAACCUCCCGCUAUCCCUCAACACAGCGGGGUUGAAAGUGUACACAGUGAGACAAACCCAUCAGGUUCUCCAGACCCAUUUGACGUUACCAGGGGCAGGUUCGUUGAUGACGCCUCUUUUGAUGCAGAGCCCGCAUUCGCGCUGCAAGACCAAGCAGACGAGUGGAGUGACCAUUUGGAACCAGAGCCAGAAACCUCCUAUCGCCUCUUCGACUCUUCAGAUUACCAGCCCCUGGCGCGCAGAGUCUUGAACGCCCUUGGUCUUCAAUCCACUCCAACUGCAGCUUCCACUCCCGCUUUAAAAGGGGCCAGGGUCUUGAAAUCCCCUACGCCAGCUGAAAACUUCCUCCCUGUCCCAGACCCCAUCGCUAAACUGGCCAAGGACGAAUGGUCCCACCCCUUACAGGCACGCCGAUUUAAUAACAUUGCGGACAGACUUUAUCCUUUGGCCCCGGACUUUUCUACCAGACUGGCUGUCCCUAACAUCGACGAGCCUAUUUCCAGUUUAGUUUCCAGGUCCCUCUUGCCGAGGGAAGGGGACUCUCAUCUAAAGGAUGCCACUGAACGGAGACUGGACUUUGCUUUACGCAAGACCCAUGAGGCCAUCGCCUUUUCCAUGCGUGCAUCCACAUUUGCCUCUAUUUUCACCAGGGCAGCGAUGAUGUGGUUAGACGACCUCAUCGAGGACCACAAUCCAGAUCCUGCCUCCCUGCGCAGAUCGCUACUAAAACUGCGUAAAACAGCUGCUUUCGUGGCCGACGCCACCUUGGACGCGAAUCAACUAGCAGCACGCGCCCUGGCGGCUCAGAUCGUUGCCAGAUGGACCCUCUGGCUUCGUCACUGGCAGGCUGACUCUACUGCCAGAGUUAAUCUUUCACGAGCACCUUAUGCAGGCUCAUUACUUUUCGGGGAAGAGGCAUUAAGGGCAGUGCUUGUCGACCCUAAGGACACUCGAAAGCCUGUCUUGGCCACCGUCAAAAACGUCGAGCGCAGACCCUUUAGGCGUUUCGCUUCAUAUCGCACGUCUCAGCCCUUUCGGGGAACCCGGCCCGGGGGACGAGGCCGUGACUUCCCAGCAUUUGACUUCCGCUCCACCAGAGGAGGCUGGAAUAGACGUUUCCCCAGUAGAGGCCCACGGCUGGCUAGUCAACUUCGACAAAAGCCAUCUACAACCAACCCAACGCCUGCAGCAUCUAGGGGCAAUGUUAGACACACUGCAAGCGACUGUAUUCCUGUCCCCAGAUCGCAUCACCGCUAUCACAGACAUCGCAAGGUCUCUGAUGCACAAAUCUUCUGCAGAUGUCAUGCUUCUAGCCAGGGCUCUCGGAAUGUUGGUAUCCACCAUCCAUAUUGUGCCAUGGGCUCGGGCACAUACGUGCCAGCUACAGUGGGCCCUGUUGCCAUUCCAACACGACAUUGCCAACUCAAACCAUCGAGCAAUCCCCCUGAGUCCCACACUGCGCUUGUCUUUCCGCUGGUGGACAAGGGUACAACAUCUCACCCAAGGCACUCCGUUCAGAGAACCCCACCGGACUGUCAUUACCACCGAUGCCAGUCUCCUGGGUUGGGGAGCCCACUGCAACUCCCAGUUCGUUCAGGGAGUUUGGAACACAGCAGAACAAACUCAAAACAUCAACUGGCUGGAACGAAAGGCUGUCCACUUAGCUCUGCUUCAUUUUCAGUCUCUCUUCCACUUGGACCAUAUCCUCAUUCGAACAGACAACACGUGUGCCAAAUCUCAUUUAAACAGACAGGGAGGCACCAGGUCCAGACCUCUACAGAGCCUAGCUUCCAUCAUAUUCGACUGGGCAGAACAACAUCUGCAAUCCCUCAAAGCAGAACAUCUCAGAGGAAUUUGGAAUUUCACAGCAGACUGGCUCAGCAGACAACAAGUCUUUCCGGGAGAAUGGAAACUUCAUCCGACUGUGUUCCAUCUUCUCCAGCGUCGAUUCGGUCCCUUCUCAGUCGACCUCUUUGCUUCCAGUCGCAAUUGCCAGCUACUUCGCUCGAUACCUGGACACGACAGCGGAAGCGGUGGAUGCUCUGUCAUUGCCGUGGCCAGAGGGACUAUUAUACGCCUUCCCUCCAAUACCACUAUUAGCCAAAACCU